AUGGUCAGCCCAGCUGACGAACAAAUGAACGAUCGUGACGAUGCUAGAUCUACAUCUUCGUCUUCAGUGCGUGUCUCUGCCGCAACCGGAGCGUCUACGCCUGUCACUCCAGCAUUCUCAGCAACUGCCGAAGUUAGCAAGAGUGUAGAGACCAAAGCACAGGAUAUGGAUCGGUACAUCGCCGUUGGCUGCCUUCAUCUCGAGCAGCCACUCAACGUCACCUCAUCUUCGCCAUCGGAUGGCGAUUGGGUUGAGUUACUGUAUCAAGAAAUCCCAGACGAAAUCAAAGUAAUCAUCAGCAUAGAAGCAUCAAGACUGCUGGAAGCUCGCUGGAUCCGGUUGUUUUCGCGCCAACAAGCUUCAGAGAAUGCGUCUCUUCACGGCGUAGUUCAAGAUUGGGGUCGCCGUUCGAUUGAUCGUAACAGCAAGAGUUUGAAGACUGCUUUGCGACAACUGCUCCAACGAAUCGACAUCUCACCGGGAGUUUGGAAUGGCGAAUCUGGACUGGGUGAGAUACUUCAUUUCGAUCCUUGGGCUGACGCGGAACCUUCUUCGUUGUAUUACAUGUUCAACAAGCUGCCAUCACCUACGCCAGAUUCGGCGAAGAUCAGGUGCCGUUAUACACGUGCCGCCGUACAAGAUGUUUUGGAGUCUGCAGUAGUCUCUGAAUGGUCGGAGCAUGGUGAACAAGCACUGCCGGGGCUCAAAACCAGAUUGUACGCGUAUCAGACACGUUCGGCGAGCUUGAUGCUGCAACGAGAAGCUUCGCCACAGCUGCAGCUUGAUCCAAGAUUGGAAAUUCGCACUGCACCGAACGGGAAGAAGUUUUACUUUGGGGCUCGAGAUGGGUUCUUUUUGCAGGAGCCGCGCUACUAUGAAACGAACCGGGGUGGUAUUCUAGCAGAGACUAUGGGCUUGGGAAAGACAGUCAUCUGCUUGGCCGUUAUUUUGGCAAGUAAGAAUCAUCUUCCUAAGACGCCGGCCGCGUACCGGCGAUCACCGCCUUUGCGAAAUGGACCUGGAUCAUUGGCAGACAUGGUAAUUUCUGCCGCGGGCCGACACUCUAUUCCGAUGAAAGCGUUCCUUGAACAGUCAGAGGCAAAUGGGGCUGGAGAUAUGGCGAUGUUCAAAGAUGCCUUUGACCAAGACAUACCAUUCUACGAGAUACCACCGGAUCUCCCACGUAUGAACAGGAACACUCGGAUACCACUACCGCGUCAAUUAGUGCUCUCUUCCGCUACCAUCAUUGUCGUACCGCGAAACUUGCUGCAUCAAUGGCAGUCGGAAAUACAAAAGCAUGUUCUCCAGGGUGGUCUAAAGAUCCUCGUGGUAGAUUCGGUGCCCAGGCGCACCAGAAAGACCAAGAUAGUUCAACAAGCUGACAAGACCAUGGAGUUUCGGAGCGAACUACCAGCUCCCACCGAACUCAUGAAGUUCGAUGUAAUUCUGUUUACUCGCAACCGCUUCGAACAAGAGAUACAAGAUGGCCAGGACGAACUCGGACGACGCAUGGGUACUGGUGUCUCUCGUGUUUGCAAUUGUCCUUACAUCGGAGCAACCCGGAUACCUGAUUGCAGUUGCGUUGACACUGAUAGAGUCUACGAAUCGCCAUUGAAGAAAGUGCACUGGCUACGUAUUAUCAUCGAUGAAGGCCAUUCAUUCUCGAGCUCUCUCUCGAAUGCUGUACUGGUCGCUAAACAGAUACAGGCCGAGAGACGCUGGGUCGUAUCAGGAACACCUGCGAAGAAUUUAGUAGGUGUGGAGGUAGACAUGUCUACAGUUGACUUAGAAAGCAAUCCUGCGCUGCAGCGCGAAUUCGCUAUUGAUCAGAGGAAGUCUUUCGACUUUGAUUCAGAUACCAAAGCUGCCAAAGCUCUAGGUAUGCUCGCUUCGAACUUUCUUAUGGUUCGACCCUGGUGCGACAACUCAGAAGGUAAACUUGAUUGGGAUGAGUAUAUCUACCGUCAUGAGCACCACUACAGGAAGACCUACUCUGGGUUCUCUUCGUGCUUCGCCCGAACGCUGGAAGGCUUAGUUGUGAAGACACGGCCGGAAGACGUCGAGAAAGAUAUUAUCUUGCCUCCGAUGAAACACCGAGUUGUGUACCUCAAGCCAUGUUGGUUUGACAAAAUGACGGCCAACCUCUUCAUUCAAGUCCUGCGGGCAAAUGCCAUCACAAGCGAACGGACCGACGUUGACUACCUCUUUCACAAAAACAGUGUCAAAGCCCGCCACAGUCUCAUUAGGAAUUUGCGUCAGUCCAACUUCACAUGGACAGGAUUCAGUCUUUUGGAUGUAGUCUCUACGCUUGAGACUAGCAACAAAUAUCUUGCUAAAGAGGACAAGAACUGCUCUCUUGAUGACGCAAGAUCACUUCUGGAAAGUAGCCAGGUCAUAUCGAAGCUCGCGGCUUCCGCCGAAUGGAUAGCGUUGAGUACAUCUCAUGAGGUGGGGAUAGCUGUCGAGGGUUGGCCGAAAAAGACCCAAGAGGCUUUCGCACUCGUUUACCCGGCGAAGCCUAUCAUGAUCGGAGUCACACAGCUCAUUGAAGGCCAACUUCACGUCGAUAGCAGCAUAUGUUCACCAGACCCCACUGCCGGGCUAGAGGCUGUCGGGCAUGCUGCGAAAGAAAAGGCCAUCGCAAUGGCCGAAGAAGAGAACAAGAUUAGGGAUUCGGGCGAGGGUGCAGUCAAUGUCUUGCCCUUGCAAAGGACUGGAGUUCCUACUUCAUUAGUAAGGGGUCAGCAGCCACCGACUAGUCGGCGAGCAUCAGCUAUUGCAAGCAAAGCUUCCCCUCAGAAGCCAACAGGAAUCAAGCCUGCGAAGGACGUCGAGGGUCUCACGGAUCACGCAUCCCCUGUUCGCUCGAAGAAACGCAAGCUCACCAUUUCGGACGAGACGGCAGAACUCUCCAAAGACUCAGAGUUGCGAGAUACACGCUUCGUAGGCACAACGUCAGCCAAACUUACAUAUCUCCUGGAUAAGGUGAUGCAACAUCAGGCAGAAGAGAAGAUCAUUAUCUUCUAUGAUGGCGACAACGCGGCGUUCUACAUCGCCCAAUGUCUUGAGUUGAUGUACGUCAAUCACCGCAUCUAUGCCAGAACUCUAAACAACACGCUGCGAUCCGAGUAUGUACGGCUGUUUAAUGAGGACCCAGAUGUGCGCGUCUUGCUCAUCGACGUCGCGUGUGGUGCUCUGGGAUUGAACCUGAACGCGGCAAGUGUUGUACUCAUUGUGAACCCAAUCAAUAGGCCGAACAUUGAGGCUCAAGCUAUCAAACGAGCCCAUCGUAUUGGCCAGACCAAAGAGGUACUCGUCGAAACCCUGGUCCUUGAGAACACGAUUGAACAUGCAAUCUUCAACCGCGCGAAGACGAUGUCUCGCGCCGAUCACCAAGAAGCGAAGGAGCUUGAAGACGACGCUGGUAUUGUCGAAAUCAUCCAGAAUGCGCAGAUACUACCUGUAGAUGAUGAUGAGGGUGAAGGGAUGUCCAGCUUUGCACCACUGCAGACACCGCAGCAGGUCUUUGGGCGAUCAAAUCGGCACAAGUACCAUCGAUAUGGAGUUGCAGAGAAGAAGACACAAGAUGGGCUGCAGAAGAAGGCAAAGACUUCAAAGGGUACAAGGAAAGACAAGAAGGAUGAUAUGAGUGGUGCUGAAAUCGCGACAUCUUACAGGGCCGACUCAGAUCCUGGCCUGCCAAUGCGAGGGCAAGCUCCAAGUGGUAGCCUAUUAGCUGCUGAUGCAGCCUCGUCAGGACCAGUCGCUAGCAUCUUUGGCAAUGGCUGA